CCAUAAUGAAACUCUUUUCCAACUUACUAGUUGUUGCUGCUGCCUUAUCCUUAGUCAAUGGCAAGGAAGAUCCAAAACUAGUUGAAAUUUGGGGUGAUCUUUGGCCAUUCCAAGGAAUCAACACUUUUGCUCACUUGGAACAUUUCACUUGUUUAACUGAUAAGGAUCAACAAUUUGAUGUGGGGAUUAUUGGUGUUCCAUUUGACACAGCAGUCUCAUAUCGUCCUGGAGCAAGAUUUGGUCCUCGAGCAAUAAGGGCUGCUUCACAAAGACAAACCAGUUUACGUGGGUUUAAUCCUCGUGCUAUGUUUAAUCCAUAUAAAUCCUGGGCUAAAGUUAUUGAUUGUGGAGAUAUGCCAAUCACUCCCAUGGAUAACACACUUGCCUUUAAACAAAUGGAUCUGGCCUUUGAAGAAUUGUUAUUGAGAAGAAAGUCGAAUCAUGAUCUGAAAGUUCCUCCUAGACUUGUUGUCUUGGGUGGUGACCAUUCGGUAUUGUUGCCACAUAUUCGUGCUUUGAAUAAAAUAUAUGGUCUAGUCAAUAUUAUUCAUUUUGAUGCACAUUUAGACACUUGGAGUCCUGAUAAAUAUCCAUCCUAUUGGCAUUCGGAACAAUCGGAAUUAAACCAUGGGUCAAUGUUAUGGAAAGCCCAUGAAGAGGGAUUAACCACAAAACAUAAUGUUCAUGCUGGUAUUAGAACUAAACUUUCUGGUAUUGAAGAUUUACAAGACGAUGAUUCUCAAGAUUUCCUUAGAAUUGAGGCUGAUGACAUUUGGUUAAAGGGAGUGGAUUAUGUUGUCAAGAAGAUUAUGGAUACUGUUCCAAAGCAUACUGCUACUUAUAUUUCUGUUGAUAUUGAUGUAUUAGAUCCAGGUUUUGCUGCUGGUACUGGAACCCAAGAACCUGGUGGUUGGUUACCUCGUGAAUUGAUUCAUAUUUUACGAGAAAUUGAAGAAUUAACAGUUGUUGGUGCUGAUAUUGUUGAGGUUUCCCCUGCAUUUGAUACUGCUGAGGUUACUGCCACCAAUGGGGCACAAAUUGCUUACGAAAUUAUGACUAGUAUGGUUAAAAAGGGUAACCUUGACAAGAGUUUGGUUAAGGUUGUCAAUACCUUUAAAUAGAGUUGACAAGAUUGCAUAGUAAUAUCAUAGAUGAAAAUAUUCACUUUCUUGCUGAACGGGCAUAUAUUAUAUAAGGCAUAGAUAUUUAAACAAAAUUAAAAUUAAUCAAGUAAAUAUUCACAUUUACUUUUUAAAUCGUAAGACAAGAUAACUUGCCACUCUAUAAAAGAAGAUAAUUGCAAUCAAAACUCCAAUCCAAAGUCCCUUAUCAUAUUUUCCGUAGCCCAAAUGGUCCAACACUGCUGAACCUUUAAUCAUACAUUGUGAUGCCAAUGGUGAAUCAUACAUACAAAAACAAUUGUUAUCACAAUCAAAGUUUCUAUUAUCAAACUCGUUAAACAUCAUUCCUUGAAACACGUAUCUUUGAUAAUCAACCCAAUAGAAGGUGUAAUACCAAAAUACAUUCAAAAUGUUCGAGGGAACUAAAAAUCCACCAACUGCCAUCCACAACCCAUUGGCAAAAGCAGUGAGUGCUAAUGCAAUAACGAAAUUAGGGAAAAUGGAAGCAAUAAAUAUCGUCAUUGAUUCAGCAGCAACUAAAUCCAAGAAUAACCACAUAAGAUAAUAGAAAAAUCCCGUGGCAGUGGAAUUAAAAUUAACCAUAAAGAAUGUGAUCACACUGAACAAGGUUGCAAUCAAAAAUAUAAAUGGCAAACCAACUAAAAAGUUUGAUAUCGUGAAUGCAAAUGGCCCAUAUAACCCAUUCAAUCUUUCCUUUUUGUAACUUAACAAAUCCUCAAUGUAUGAUGGGAUAUAAGCAACAGACAUAAACGACAUAAAAGCACCAGAAAAAAAAAUUGCAUUGAUAAAUGGUUGAAUAUUUUGUUGACCUUUUCCUAAUCUUAACCAAACAGUACCCAUUAAUAUGGCUAAACAAAGGUACAUUACCAUUCUCACAUAAUAUGUCAAUAUAUCUCUUCUAGCCUUGAUCAAGACUCUACUUACAAGAAUAAAAGUGUUCUUAACUUCAGUCUUUGCGUCAAACUUGUCAAGUUCAAUUUCAUUAAUUUCACUUUCUGGUUUGGCAGCUGCAACAUGAGUUGAUUUCCAUUUGUUCACCAAAUCACUCAAAACCUCCAUUUUCUCGUCUGCGUCUUGAUCAACUGUGAAAUCGGUAUUGAUUAAAUCUAAAACGUAUUCUGAAGGAUUAAUAUAUGGAGGAAUAGUGUAUCCAACGGAGUCAAAGUAUUUGACAACUUUUUCCACCUUCCCAUGAUACACAGUUUUCCCUCUAGAUAAAAAUAGAACAUCAUCAAACAAUUCAAAUGUGUAUGUUGAAGGUUGGUGAAUAGAACAGAUAACAAUCAUGUUCUCUUCACUGGCAAUUCUUUUGAUUGUGCUGAUAACCUCUCUAGAAGCAACAGAAUCC